AUGGACUUUUCACCCACCAAGACGCUGUCCCAAACCCUCAUCGAGUCGACAGAGCCGCACUCGGGGCAUGUUCGGAAGCCCACCCCAACUCUUCUUCCGGCCUUCGGCGAGGAUGGGCCAUUCUCUUCAUCGCCAUUUCCACGUCCGGCGUCCUCGAAACGCAAGUUCGAAGAGGACUCGCCCACCUUUCCCAAGCAGCUGAAGUAUUAUCCAACCCCGCAGCCCACGUCGUCGACCAACAUUAUUUCCUCGUCGCCCCGCCAUGCCCGGCCGGGCUUCGAACGCACCUUCUCGGCUCUGUCAGAGAGGACCCCACUCGGUGCUGUGCCCACGCUCGACCUUCCUGCAGACGGCGAAAUCGUGAGAAUGGGCAGGAGCUCCAACACGUCAGAUUACCAGCUCUCUACCAACCGCCUCAUUUCACGCGUUCACGUCCAAGCCGCUUAUCACGCGCCAAGCCCACCAUAUCCGCAUGGAUACAUUGAGGUUGAAUGUCUGGGAUGGAACGGUGCGAAGAUCCACUGCAAAGGACGCAUCUUCGAGCUGAGCAAGGGAGACACGUACAUGUCAGAGAACCCCGAGACGGCCAUCAUGCUCGAUGUACAGGAUACCCGCGUCAUGAUUGCUUGGCCAUCUAUCCCUGUAUCAAAGUUUUCUUGGGAAUCCGAGGAAGAAGGCAUGCCUACUCCGACUCGCAACCGUACCCAAGAGAACAUCUGUUCCAGCCCUCCUGUUGUUCCACGGUCACCUGUCUCGCAGAGCCCGAUUCGCCCUCCCGUCUUCGCCGGCCUUGGCACCAACCUGCAGUCUGGCCCCGUUGAAGUCUUCGAAGAUGCCGAUGCCAGCGCGGAUAGCCCUAGCAUUGCCACCCCAGGCUCCGCAGACCAGACCUUUAUCCGCCCCUCUCUUCCAAGCUCCAAGUCUAGCCAUGAAGUACGUCCUGUUGUCGAUCUCAAAGAGAGUGUGAACUUCGCCGCCGACGACUUCUCCGACAAUGAUGAAGAAAACGAUCCUGUUGUACACUCCUUUGGACCCUUCGGUCAGAACCUCCUCAGUGGCAUGGCCUCGUUCAACACAGCUACGCCAACGCAAUCAAACACUCCACGUAUGCGCGGGCCACUACUGUCGCCGUCCCCCAAACGUCGCGUUACUGAGCCUAUCCGAUACAAAGAGUCACCGAUCAAGAACCAUGUCAUCAACCAAUUGGCAUUCUCACGUAUUCACUCUCAACCAUUGUCCGCUAUUCACAGCAACCUUCCAGCUGAAUUGAAGGCCUGUGUGAACAAGGGCACAAAUGGCAAGGAUGAAGAGGGCACUGGCACAUCGACUCCCCUCCCUGAGCUCUCUAGAAAAGAGUUGAAGAGGAUUCUGGAUGACACUCCCUGUGUUGGUGAAAUUCCUCGUGCUGGCAAAGAUGCCGCUGGGCAGCCCCUCGAGAACGAAUUCUACUAUGUCCCUGAGAUGGACUCCAACCAAAUGAGGCGCGAGACCAUUACAGCUGGCACUCGCAGCACCGGACUGCGGUCUGUCAGGAAGACGCACAAACAAUAUUAUUGGAAGAAACCCCGCGUUUGA